GCGGGCUCCGGGCCACUCCGCCGCCGCGGGCCGACACUACGGCCGUCCAAUUGCCGCUAAUGGCUCCACUCCAACGCGUAUCCGCCUAAUCAUCUCUUAAGACAAGACCAGGCCCCAGUAUCCCUCGUGAUCUGUGAGAUAGUGGUAUACUUAGCCAGUGAAAAGUUUAACUUCAUAAUUUCGUACUAAAAUCUCCAAGAUGCGUUUCCAGAAAAAUGUUACAAGACUGUACUAGAGAACAGGAAAUUUAGUGUUGUGAGAAAUUUAGCAAAGAACCCAAGAUGAACUAUAACGGCAUAUUCAUACUAAAUUGUUCAUAUGUAAAUAAUAGAUGCAUUUAAUUUGUACAAAGCUAAAUAUUAAUAACAAUGAACGGCAUCAAUGUAAACGCUGAUAAAGUCGGCGUGGAUGUGGAGACGAAGGAGAAAUCAAAACCAAAGAGAGCAAGCGUGAAGGAGAAACUGAUGCAGAUAAAAUCGAACAUAACAGUAGAACCUAUUAUAGCUUGUUAUAUUAUGUCAAAUGUGUUUUCUGGACUUGCAGUACAAAAUCUAAAUUUGGAGAAGGCAUGUCGAGUUAAUUUGGGCUACAGCGACGAGAUAUGCUCCGCUUUGAACAGGAGACAAACAGAAAAUUACACAAUGGAGGAGGCGGAAGUACAAAAGUUAACAGCAUCAGUACAAGCUUGGAAAAAUAUCGUUCAAACGGCGUUUCCUUGUAUUUUAGUGUUAUUUGUUGGCUCGUGGAGUGACAAAACAGGAAGGCGGAAAGCGUGCAUUCUUUUGCCGAUAGUCGGUGAAGUCCUUUGUUGCACUAGUUUCAUUCUGAACACAUACUUCUUUUACGAAUUGCCGUUGGAGGUCACGGCUCUCUCGGAUUUAUUUCCGUCGUUAACCGGAGGCUGGAUUACCGUCUGCGUCGGUGUGUUCAGCUACAUCGGUGACGUAACGACGAAAGAAAUGAGGACAUUUAGAGUGGGAGUGGCCAAUUUGUGUAUGUCCCUCGGAAUACCGAUUGGAAUGUCUUUGAGUGGUAUACUUUUGCAACAGAUUGGAUAUUACGGUAUAUUCCUGAUAUCGAAUUGCCUUUAUGUUACUAGCCUUAUCUACGGAUAUAUACGUCUAAAAGAUCCAGUCAUAUCUCAAGAACGUCAAAUAGAACAACCAGUAGGUUGCAGAGGAUGGGUGUGCUCCUUCUUCGACGCUCGCCAUGUCAGGGAGACGCUAACUGUUGCUUUCAGAAGUGGUCCACGCCGGAGAAGGCUCAGAGUUUCGCUCUUGAUAGUUGUCGUUUGUGUUAUAUUUGGACCUUUACAUGGUGAGAUGAACGUAUUGUAUCUCUUCAUGAGGUACAGAUUCAACUGGGACGAGGUGCAGUUCAGCAUGUUCUGUACUUACAGCAUCAUCACGAACUUAGUUGGUACGCUGUUCUCGAUCAGUAUAUUCAGCGACUUCAUGAAACUCGAUGAUACUGUAGUUGGCAUCAUUUCCUGUACCAGUAAGAUCCUCGCUUCCUUUAUCUUCGCCUUCGCUACCACUACUACGGAGAUAUACAUAGCGCCCCUCGUGGAAAUAUUCAAUGGUACCUCGUUCAUUGCAAUGCGGUCGAUUGCAUCGAAGUUGGUAACAAGUGAAGAAUUGGGUAAAGUAAACUCAUUGUUCGGGUUAGCAGAGGCCAUGAUGCCAUUGGUAUACGGUCCACUGUACUCCAGAGUGUACAUGGCGACAUUGAAUGUACUCCCCGGAGCUGUGUUUCUUCUGGGAGCAGCUAUGACAGUUCCCGCUGUGGCUAUUUUUGGGUGGAUGUAUUUCGAACAACGGGAAGAUACUAAAUCAGUGGAAGUUGACAAUCUGAACAAGGAAGUUUAGUGAUGGACGUAAAUUGUUGAAUUAAUAGUGAUGUUAAGUUCUCUUAUGUUUAAGUAAUGUAAUAAAAUUUUCCAAACA